UCGGCACCGCGCGGUGGGAGAAGACUGACAACACAAGCGCGCAACGAGGAACUCAGCCUUCCUUCUCUGAGUUUCAGAGCACGUCUGAGAAUAGCCUUUUCUGUUCCGCAUCUUUUGCACUCUACACUCCCAAGCCAGUGGCAAACUUAAGCGCCUUCGCAUCCAAAGGCUCCAGGUCGGUCCUCAAAUGAGAGAUCAUCUGCGACUGUCUUCUUCUGAAGAAACAGAAAUGUCUGCGACCAUCCUGUCCGCUUUCUACGACAUCGAGAUGCUGUACAAGGAGAAGAGCCUCAACAUGAACGCCAUUCACAUCAACAGCAUGCUGGAUAAGAAAGCAGUCGGGGCCCCGGUGACAACCUCCAGCGGCAGCGGCACCAACAACUGCAACUCGUACGCGUCGGGAUUCUUCCGUCGAAACUCUACCAGCAACAUGGAGUCCGUGACAAACGGCAACAAGUACCCCGCCAGCCCCUACAGCAGCAGCAGCAGCAGCAUGAAGGAGAACGCCAUCAUGAACAAGGAGAACAAGUUCCGCGACCGCGCCUACAGCGAGAGCGCCCAGCAGCUGCAGCAGAAGCCGGGCUCGCAGAUCAACUCCACCCGCUACAAGACGGAGCUCUGCAGGCCCUUCGAGGAAAACGGCGCUUGCAAAUACGGCGAGAAGUGCCAGUUUGCGCACGGCUACCACGAGCUGAGAAGCCUGUCUCGCCACCCCAAGUACAAAACCGAGCCCUGUCGCACUUUCCACACCAUCGGCUUCUGCCCGUACGGCCCGCGGUGCCAUUUCAUCCACAACGCCGACGAGCGCAGACCGGCGCCGAGCAACGCCAACAGCGUGCAGGGGGAGUCCGCCAAGCCCGCUCGGUGCGAGUCGGUGAGCGGCUACGGACAGCAACAGCAGCAGCAGCAGCAGCACCGACCGAAACUCCACCACAGCCUCAGCUUCUCCGGUUUCUCCAGCCACCACCACCACCACGGACUCGACUCGCCCCUUCUCGAGAGCCCCACGUCGCGCACCCCGCCUCCCUCCAGCGCCGCGAGCUUCUACGAAGACGCCCGGUGCCUCGGAAACAGUGCCUUCUCCUUCACCGGCCAAGACCUCAAAGCCCUGCUCGCGCCGCUGGCCGUGCACACGCAGAACGGUUAUUACGCAAACCUUCAGGUCAACAUGGGCGACGGCCUCGGCCACACGCAGUCCCUCCAGCGCCUGUCAGAGUCGCCGGUGUUCGACUCGCCCCCCAGCCCGCCCGACAGCAUCUCCGACCGGGACAGCUACGCCAGCGGCUCGCGCAGCUCCACCGGAAGUCUCAGCGGCUCCGAGUCUCCCAGCCUGGACGGCGGGAGGCGUUUGCCGAUCUUCAGCAGGCUGUCGAUUUCCGACGAUUGAGCGGAACUUUUCUCGUUGUAGUGGACUCGGUAGCGGAGGAGUCUCCCGUUAGAUAUGUAGUCGAGCAAUAGACUUUUUUUUUUUUUUGAAUAUCGAGGGAGAUGGAUUUGUUUUUGUCAGACGCUCGACAUGGCAUUAGUCUGUUUGAAGGCAUUCCACCGGUGCAGUUUGGUGCAUUCUCUUGGUCUUUUUGGACCACCUACUUUCCAGAUUUUUUUUUUGUACAAAAGACUCGUGAACGCGAAAGACAGAGCGGUUUCAGAUUUUCCUUCAUCCUUGCCAAGAAUAUGCCUUGACGAAAAGUAUACUAGUUUUCAAAGUAUGCGCAUCCAUUCCAAAAGUUUGAUCCAGUCUCGCGACGCCACCCAGUGGUUUCGAUUGGUUCGUGCAGUUUGAAGCUCUCUCUCUCUCUCUCUCUCUCUCUCUCUCUCUCUCUCUCUCCUCUCUCUCUCUCUCUCUCUCUCUCGUUUGGCUCGUCGGGGAAAUCACUGCUGAUGGUUGAAUAUAUCUAUUUUUUUUAUAGUCGAUACGAGUGAUUUACAUAGCGGUGCUUAACCGGCUAUGAACUAUUUAACUUAUUUAUUUUUAUCUUGUGAAAAGUAUAGGCUACAUUGUUAAUUGUGUCCAUACUGUAUUUAUCGAGUAUGAUGAAGCAAUAGAUCUAUAUUCUUUUAUUAUGUUUAAAUUAUGAUCGCCAUUAUUAAUCUACAUUAAAGUGGAGUGUAUGUUCUUUUCACAGUAAUAUAUAUAUUUUUUUUCCUCGUUUGGUCUCUUUUUUUUUUUUUUUUUUUUUGUAACUUCACUUUAUUUUAUUGUAAAUGAGUUAAAAAAAAAUCUUAAUUUAAGAGAUUGUAUGUGAUAUUUAUUUCAUUAAUUUUGUUUCCUUGUUUACGUUCAUUAAAAACAGUUUGUGUGAUUUGCUGUUUGUUGGGAUGUUACUUUUCAGAAGGUGUGUUUUUUUUUUUGGUUUUUUUCGUGUUUUUUUUUCAUUCUUUUAAUCGUCAGACGCGUCCCUUUAGGUUUGUCUGUAGAAUGUAUAAACUGUGGUUGGCAGAGGACCGUCCGAACACAUGUACUAGCCUUAAAACGUCACGGAAAUCAGACUUCAAAGAUCCCAAGUAAAUCGAUUAACCAAAAAGUAUUUUAUUAUUAUUUUUUUUAUGCGUAUAUAUCUAUACGAUGCACGGCAGCCACGUGCGUGAGAAUGUAGCAGACCAGAGCCCCAGUAUUACUGCCUAGUGCCUGUGUGGGGAUUCACCAUUUUUUUUACAUUGCCUUAUGAUUAACCAAAUAAAGUAUUUUCGUACAUGUUAUUGUUUUACAACAAGAGGAAAUGAAUGUAGUUUGUAAUUUAAACUUCUUGGAAGGUUGUUACCACUUAUCAAAGGAGAGAAAUAGAGGCUUAGAGCAACGA